AGUCCCUCCCCUGCCCGCCAGGCGGCGCUGUGCGGCCCGGCCCGUGCGCUCCGCGCGUGCGCCCAGGGCGGACAAUCGAGCGCCGAAAGGCGGAAGGGGUGCGCUGCCAUCUUGCCCCGGGCACAGCCCCUCCGCCAUGGAUCCGGGCGCGGGGGCGCGGAAGGAGCGGCCGAAGCCGCGGGAGCCAGCGGCUCGCCUGGAGAAGGCCAAGCAGAGGUCGGCACAGCAGGAGCUGAAGCAGCGGCAGCGGGCGGAGAUCUACGCCCUGAACCGGGUGAUGACGGAGCUGGAGCAGCAGCAGUUCGACUCCUUCUGCAAGCAGAUGCAGGGAUCCGGGGAAUGACAGCCCGGCCCCUGCCCUACGCCCCGUUUUCUAAUCCCCCACAGCUCCUUCUGCCACCCGGAUUCAGCGGGAAGAGUGAAGGGAGGAAGCAGCGCCCGAAGCAAGGACGAGGAGGACAAGGAUGAGGAAGAGGAAGGCUUUACUAGGCUCUUGGGAGGGCUCAGGCCUUGCAGCUCCAGAGGGCGAAGGGGAAGACGAUGUAGGACGUGGCCCAGGCCAGGCAAUAAACCGCAGCCACCGCCGUCGGUGCCAGCAGCACAGCCACCACCCCUACGAGCAGGAGAAUCCUUGGCCAUCUGCUCUCCCUCCCCUGCACCACCAUCCCGAGAGGCUCAUCCCCGUCCUUACCUCCAGCAUAAACCAGUUUCUUCCAGAGCUGUGACUCCAGCACCCUGUCGUGGGGGUAGCAGCCGCAGUCGGCCAUGAACAGGGUCAUGGCGGCCGCGGCCACGCGCAGCAGCGCCACGUGUCCCCCGGUGAGCAGGAAGGUGCUGGCCAGCAGCGCCGAGGCGUAGGGGCAGGGCAGCCCUCGGUAGGUGAAGGGGAUCCCUGUGGGGUGGCAGCAGUUCAAUGUUGUCGUUGUGUGGUUUUAUACUUUGUAAUACUCUGUGCUAGUUUUGGUUUUGUAUCCCUGUAUUUUUCCUAAAUGCUUUACCCCAGAUUGUACCCCCUCCUUUUACCUGUGUAAUCGCUUUCCCUUGCUGAGAUCAUCCCCAAAUCCCCACCCUGGCUCUCUGUCAAUCACACAAAUGGUUUACCCCAGAUUGUACCCCUUCCUUUUACCUGUGUAAUCCCUCUCCCUGGCUGAGAUCAUCCCCAAAUCCCCACCCUGGCUCUCUGUCAGUCACUCAGUAUCCCAUCCCCUCCAUCUAGAACUUUCAGUCCAGGAUGUCGAGUGAUUAGCCAGAGGCCAGGGGUCAGCCCCCCAAGUGUUUCUCCACACACUGACCUAAAU